UGCUGCCCUCCUCCGCCGUCCUCCUCCCCGGCAGGGGGCGCUCUCCCGCGCGCCUCUCGCCGCUCUCCCUGACGUCACUUCCGCCACCUCUCCUCCGCCCUCACUUCCGCCGCCGCCGAGCCCGGGAAAACCGCGCGCGCUCGGGCCGGUCCCGCUUCCGCUUCCGGAGGCGCUUCCGUUUCCGGCGGCGGCAGCGGCUCCUCAGGACGGGCCCGGGGCCGUUCCUGGGACCCGGGGCCGUUCCUGGGUCGCUCGGUCCUUUCUCCGGCCCGAGGUUGUCCCUGGGGCUCGGAGCCAUUCCUCGGUCCCCCCGCGGGCUCGGGGCCUUCGCUCAGCUCCCCCCGCGGGCCCGGGGCCGUUCCUGGGCCCCGGCGCCGUCCCGCAGCCCUCCGUCGCUGUGUCCGGUUCGCCGCCGCUCCGCCGCCGCAUGAGGAUGGAGCGGGCCCGGGACGCGGCGCGGCCCGAGCGCGGCCCCGCCUUCGGGCCCUUCCCGAGGGACCCCUCGGACAGGAAGUUUUUGCCCCCCAAGAGCUUCUCCUGCCCCUCUGGAAGUGCCUCCUGUGCCCUCGGCUUCACCCCCCCAGAGCUGCCCGUGCCGGAGCCGUUCCCGGUGCGGGAUUCCCGACCCUUUGGCUGCGCUGCCAACGGGCAGUGGCGGAGCCCGGGGCCCUCCGGGGGCUCGGGGCUGCAGAAACCACGGCUCAGCAGGGGCUCCUACCUGGAAUCCCGGAAAAAUCCCAG